AUGGCAAGCGUACAGGCAGCUCUCGCUAAAUUCGUGAAUUCCAUCAUUGGAAUAUUCGCAUCUCUCCUCAACUCGAUCGUUGCCGUUGGGCAAUCCAUAUUUGCGCUCGGCCAAGCCGCGAUAUCAACGACCCUGCAGAUAGUGCAGUCUGUCAUUACACUGGUCGUGGACCUCAGUCAGGAUGUUGUCGGAUUCGUUUUCGCCAAUUUCUUUGUCUUGCUCCUGUUAGGGGGUGGUUAUUAUUUGUACACGCAAAGGGGAAACAACACGAUAGGAAGGAAGAGGGCUUAA